UGGCGGCGAGGGGGCAUGUGCCCAAGGUGCUAACCCCGUCCCCGGCUGUCUCCCCGCCCCGCGCUCCUGGCACCCUGGUGGAGAUGGCGUCACGGCUGCAGCGAGGGGCUGCCAGCUCCCUGCCCCCGCCUUGAUGGGCCCCGGGGAGUUUCCAGGCCUCGUUCCGCCCUCCUUGUCCCCAAGGGCCCCGCAAGGGCCCGGCUCCUCCGGCCGCCCGCGGAUCUCGCUUGCGGAGGGUCUGACUCAGAACAGAACAGGCCAUGCCAGCCCUUGCCCCUGCCCAGGGAGACUUGGGCAGCAGGCCCUGCCCCCCCCCCCACACUCCCGGCCACCAGGGCGAGCGGCCCCGCGCCCCGGAGACCCUACAAUAACAAACCAGGGCGAGCAUCUGAUGGGAUGCGGGGGAUCCGCCUCCAGCCUCCUCCAGAGCUGGCUUUCAAGGGGGACGGGGACCCACAGGAGACUGAGCUGAGCCAGGGCCCCAGCCCCACGGCCGCCCUCCUGCCGGCGCCCGGAGACCAAGGUGGGGCUGCGGCCGAAAUGCAGCAGAGACGCAGCCACCCGGACCCCAACCACGGUCAGACUCCGGAGCCCCCCGGAGCGCCGGCGCCGUGGCCGGGUGCCCCGUCCUGCGAGUGCGGAUCUCGCGCCUUCGUCUGCCUGAGCCCACGCGCCCGGCUCCAGCCCCAAGGGGCCCUGGGCAGCCCGGCCCAGCUCAGCCGGCCCCCAGCGCCCCCCACCCCCAGCCAGGCGGAGACACGUCGGUUCGGGUGCCUGGCUUGCGGGAAGGGCUUCAAAUACAAACACCACCUGAAGGAGCAUGAGCGCAUCCACAGCGGCGAGAAGCCCUACGAAUGUGCCACCUGCCAGAAGCGCUUCUCCCAUUCGGGCUCCUACAGCUCGCACCUCAGCGCCCGCCGCUGCCUGCUGCCCGCCCCCGACUCCCCGGCCCCAUGGGAGAGCCGCCCAUGUGCUGCCAGGCCCCGGGGGGGCCACGCUGGGGGCUGUGGGGCCUACGGCCCGGACCUCAGCUCCCUGCACGGCCCCGGCCCGGCCCGGCCCCUUCCGGGCCCCCCUGACCCGGGAAUGGAGGGACCCAGGGACACCAAUGUGCCAGGGCCUGGCCCUGACCGGGCUCCCCCCGAGACCCCCACCAUGGAGCAGCCCUUGGACCUGUCGCUUCCCAAGCCAGGCAAGGAGCCCAAGCCCAGCCCGGUGCCCUCGGAGGAGCCCCCGACCCGGCGGCCCUAUGAGCCCCUCUACAUGCCCACCUCCCUCUUCCCAGCCUUCCUGCCCAGCACCCUCAGCCAUCUCCUCCCGCACGGGGCCCCUCGGCUGCACGGGAACCCGGAGCUGCCGGCCCCCCAGUUCCUGCCUUUUCUGCUCUACCCGUAUGGGGCGGAGGCGGGGCCAGCACUGGCCACGGGCCACUGGGAGCAACACGGGCCUCUGGGAGCCGGCGGGGCUGGGUGGCGCCCCCUGCAGGCGGGCGGGGAGCCGGGGGGCAGCCGGAGGCGGCUGCGGAGGACCCCCGAAGGGCUGUAUCUGUGCGAGCUCUGCCCCAAAACCUUCCGGAAGAGCAGCUCCCUCCUGCGGCACCAGUACGAGCACACGGGGAGGCGCCCGCACCGCUGCCCGCUCUGCCCCAAGGCCUUCAAGCACAAGCACCACCUGGGGGAACACGCCCGGCUGCACUCCGGGGAGCGCCCCUUCCAGUGCGCCCGCUGCGCCCGCCGCUUCUCCCACUCCGGCUCCUACUCGCAGCACCUCAACCACCGGCAGGGCUGCUGCCGGGCCUGGGGCGCCCCCAGCCCCCGCGGGGAGACCCCCGGCCCCGCCCCCCGCCAGGAGACCCCCGCCCCCCGCGGGGAGACCCCCGUGCCCAGCCACGCCCCCCAGGGGGAGACCCCCGGCCCCGCCCCCUGUGGGCAGACCCCCGGCCCCGCCCCCCGCGGGGAGACCCCCGUGCCCAGCCACGCCCCCGAGGGGGAGACCCCCGCCCCACACGGGAAGAUCCUGGUCCCCGCCCCCCAAGGGGGAGACCCCAAGCCCCUGUCGCCAGGGUGACACCCUCCCCUCCCCCCACAGGAAGACCCCAGCCCUCGCCCCCCACCGGGAGACCCUCACCCCUACCCCCUGUCACCAGGGCAACACCCCGGCCCCCAUCCCCCACAGCAGACCCCUGGUACUGCCCACGGUCUCCAGGGCGACACCCCGGCCACCAGCGGGCGACCCUCACCCCCACCCCUGUCCCCUGCAGGGAGACCCUGCCCCCCCACCCCUGCCCACUGCGGGCACCAGAACCUCAGGGAGACCCCAACCCCCACUGGCCCCAGGACUCGGCCCCGGGGAAAUGCUGCUCCCCACCCCCUGCGACUCCCCCGUGCGUCUGGAGGGGGGUCGGGCCACGGGCCAGGGCUCAGGGCCCCAUCAGCGCCAGGUGCCCUCAGGCCCGGCCCCCCAGCACCGGGCUGGGCAGCUGGCAGGCACGUCCUGGGGCUAGUUGCAGCUCCCUGCCCCUCUGGGCGGGCACCACGGGCACCCUGCCCCAGAGCCCGACGUUGAUGCUGCUCAGCAGAGCCUGAGUGGCAAAGCUUUCCUGCCCUCCCGGUGCCAUCGCAUCCAGGCACCCGUGCCAGUCCUGCCGCCCCCCACCCCACCCCACCCCCGCCCUGUUCCCGGGGCACCCAGGGAGUUUCGCUCUGCGGCCCACGAAGGAGCCCACCAGGAUGUGUGUGUGUGUGCGUGGGGGGCGGUCGGGGGGGUUGUUCUGAUUGUAAACUGGUGAGAGAAAUCAAUAAAUAAAUAACCACCCCCCCUCGGCAU